AUGAACUUUAACUACUUGGUGGUGGUAUUCCUUGUUUGCGCUCUAAGCGAACUGGCAGCGGGUCAGUCUUCUUCUGAUUUGGCAGCCUUCAAGCAAAUGCAGCAGGCUUGCAUUAAGGAGCUCAAUAUUGCAGCCAAUGAUGCCAAUUUGCUGACCACUGAUAAGGAGGUGGCUAAUCCCUCGGAGUCGGUUAAGUGCUAUCAUAGCUGCGUCUACAAGAAACUGGGUCUCCUUGGAGGUGAUGGAAAGCCCAACACCGAUAAGAUCGUGAAGUUUUCCCAGCUCCGUUUCAGCAGCCUGCCGGUUGACAAACUGAAGACUGUGCUUACAAGUUGUGCAGCCCCCACAUCGUCCACCUCAUGCGACCUUGUCUAUAACUAUGAAAAGUGUGUGGUCAAGGGUAUUGGUGCUUAA